CAAUUGGAGGCAGCGGCUCAGAACCGCAUCGGCAUAGCCCAUCAAGUUUUGGGGAUAGAGAUAGACAUAUCGUUGGCUGUUCGAUAGUCAAUCGUCAUCAUCAUCAAUGGCAGCAGCACCAGCAUAUGCGACUGCCUAUUCUAACACCGCCGUCUUAGUCCCUCGCCUCCACACCACCAAACCCACCGUUCGUUGCUCUGCCUUGCCUUACCUCCCGCCUCGCUCUUCCUCCACAGCUUUCACCGCGUCUACUAAGCACUUUUCAGAGCCCCGUAGGUCUUCUCUGCUUCAGGUCAGAGCCUCUUCUUCAGAAGACACGUCUCUCGACACUGGUGAGCUUUUCACAGGCUUGAAGGAGAAGUGGGAUGCAGUUGAAAACAAGUCAACAGUACUUCUCUAUGGAGGUGGGGCAAUAGUUGCCGUUUGGCUUUCUGCAGUUGUAGUUGGAGCCGUCAAUUCAGUCCCUUUGCUUCCAAAGAUUAUGGAGUUGGUAGGACUAGGAUACACAGGAUGGUUUGUCUACCGUUACCUUCUCUUCAAGUCAAGCAGAAAAGAACUAGCUACAGAUAUUGAAGAAUUGAAGAAGAAGAUUGCUGGAACUGAAUAAAUUCAUACGGUUUGGUGUUUCUAUUGGUAUCAUGUAAUUCUUGUACAAGAGGCAAUUGUAUCCUGUAUUGUAGAAUAGCUUAUCCAUCAGUCGUAAUUACUCUUGUGUUUACCAUGUUUUGUUCAUCAAGAAAGACUUGGGCAGCUUUAUGUUCGGCUCUAGAUCAAUGCAAUUGUAGCAGCUCUUACAUCCGCUAUGCUAUAUAAGCUCUUUACGCAUGGAUUACAUACUUAACAUGGGGCUGAUAAAGACAUGAUCAUCGGUUCUCUGAUUUUUGUUAUUCUUAAUGAUUCGAGACAAUUUAUGAUUUAGCAUGGUAUUAUAACAAAAACGGUUCAGUUUGA